GUCUGUGAUUAGGAUUAGUUGUUCAAUAACAUAUUAUCACUGCUGUCCAUAGGCGAAUACAGACCAAGAACAUGAAACUGUUUCUCUGUAUAUCAGUACUGGGUACUAUGUUAGCGCUAUGUAAAGAAACUUUCGCUGUUUCUUCAGACGAUGCAUUUAACAUACUACGUGAAAGAAGGAAACCAAGAACUAAGCCUGCAUGUCCAGACGGAUGCAAACUUAAAAGAAAAAUCAACAAGUUUGAAACCGCUUUGCAAAACCGACUUGCUAGCAUUGAAGAUGCAUGUCUUCCCAACAAUAUCUCAUCUCGUAUUGGAAACCAAAGUAUUGACAUCGGGCCUUAUAUGGCUGAAAUGCAACGAAAUAUUUCGGCCGGUGUGCAAUCGGAUGUUGAUCAGAUUGUGUUGGAACUCAAAGAAACGAUCACAGAUAACCUGGCCACUGUCCAGACUUCAGUAAAUGAGAUGAACACCGUGUUAAGAACCAUUCCAUCCACACUAGUUCGUUUCACCACAGAUUUAAUACAACCACCUACGGAAGAUACUGUUGCAUCCGGACCGUCUUCUCUGGAUCUCACAAUAAUGAACGCAACUUUGAGAAGAUUAACUCACCAGAAUAAAAUACUGCUGAGAAAAGCAAAGGCUGCCACUGAUCUAAGUACCGUAAUCCGCGAACAGAACCUUAUUCUGAGUGGACAGAAUCGUGAAUUGAGAUUACAAACGCAAAGCCUGAACCAAAGGACAAGAACGCUCCAAACAAGACUCGAUGAUCUUGAAGCUGUGGUUGCACUGCAUAACCGUUCGUUAGAGGGCGACCGAGAGUCCGUGACAUCAGAUUCUGAUAUAACCGCACUAUCAGAACGUGUAAAUGACGUCACGAAUGACGUCACGAGCAUCGGAACUAGAUUAAACCGUGUAGAAAACUGGGUAGCAGAUGGGGAGAGCGACGGAGGGAGACCAUUACCGCCAAUACCUGUAGCUUUACACCCGCAACCUGAUGUGCCACCUAACGAUUGCCAAGAGCUGUAUAACCUUGGAUACACAGAAUCUGGCGUGUACAGGAUCCACCCAUGGCAGUCACGUGAAACAUUUGAAGUGUUUUGUGAGCAGAAUUACUAUGGAGGUGGGUGGACCGUCAUUCAACGACGCCGAGAUGGAAGUGUCGAUUUUAACAGAGAUUGGAACGAUUAUGCACUCGGAUUCGGGGAGCCAUCCGGCGAAUAUUGGCUUGGGAACGAAAAUAUUCACCAAUUGACAAAUCAAAACACUUUCCGUCUGCAUAUUGUACUGCUGGAUUGGGCGGGCAACCGAGCAUAUGCUGAGUAUGAAGGCUUUCGUGUCAGUAGUUCCAGGGAUUACUACAGCGUGAGCCUUUGAAAGCUGCGCGGAGCGCCACAGCGCAGGCUGGUGGUACAGGGCAUGCACUGACUCCAAUCUUAACGGUCGUUAUAUAACAAGCGAUAACUUCGGGCGCUGCAAUGGCGCGGACUGCCUUGGAAUUCAAUGGAAUACGUGGCACGACGAAGGCUAUUCGUUAAAAGCUACGAUGAUGAUGGUCAAAAGUGCUGCAGUGCUUCCAAGUUCUUAAAUGACUGUAUACGCUGUCUGUUCGGUUCCAUAUACUGCAAUCUAUUUUUAAAUUGAAUGUUAACAUGGAUAAUUACAAAUCACGAUAUUGCUUUGUAAACUUAGUGUUUGUUUAUCCUACCAUAUACAUUGAUAUAUAGUAGGGGGGGGGGAGGGUCAACACCUUUAGCACAUAAUAUCUAAAUAUCCUUAUCGGUUUUAAACAAUUAAAACUAUCUAUUAGCCUAUAUGGGAGUUGUGGCGAUACGGGUUCAUAAUUCUUUAAAUGUUUUUUGUUUACCACCGAAUUGGGGGGAAAAAUAGAAUUUUUAUCUUUGUUCUUCCCCACCCUAUUAUAUUGACUACAAAAGUGUUCGGAAGUUUCCACUAAUUUUACAACUCAGACACAUUUGACAUCAGCUAAUUUAAAAUCUAACCUAUAACAGUGACAACUAAAGCAUGAUGUAAUAUUCUACUUCGGUCUAAAUUGACAGAAUUAUAACCGUAGCCUCGCGACUUUAAAACAGCGUUGUUAUUGGGCACGUAGUGACCAUUUAUAGAUUAUUUUUCGUGCCACAGUUGGUCUUUUUACACGAUAUUUUCGGUAUAUCUUAAUAAUUAGUUAUCGCAUUUAGUCUUUUAGUUGAAUGUCUUGACGAAACCAAAUCAAAUUAAAUAUAUUCUUGAA